AUGUUCCCCAUAGACCCGGGUUCUUCAGAGGGACCCGGGUUCUUCAGAGGGACCCGGGUUCUUCAGAGGGACCCGGGUUCUUCAGGCUCCUGUGGACAGUGUCAGGUUCAGCUGAAUGCGUCUGCUCUGCUGACAUUUGUUCAUGUGGCUCCGUCUAAGGAGGUGAAGACGGUCCCAGGAGGAGGUCCAGGAGGUCCAAGGGGAGGUCCAGCAAGUCAUAGAGCAGGUCCAGGAGGUCACAGAGGAGGUCCAGGGGGUCCAGAGGGGCAUAGAGGAGGUUGGCUGAGGAGCUGCAGCGACGGCAGAAUAUACGGCAGGAGGAACACCUCCGCCUCCUCAUCUUCCCCCGUCCUCUCAAACCCAAAAUCAGUGUUGCAGAGGCCUGUGAGUACAGAUGAGCUCCAAACACCAGGAGGACCCUACAUUAAGAAGACCUUUACGAUUGUGGGUGAUGCCGUUGGGUGGGGCUUUGUGGUGCGGGGGAACCGCCCCUGUCACAUCCAGGCCGUGGAGCCCCGAGGUCCUGCAGCUGCUGCAGGGAUGAAGGUUUGUCAGUUCGUGGUGUCCGUCAAUGGUCUGAACGUCCUCCAUCUGGACUACCGGACCGUGAGCCGCCUGAUCCUGACCGGACCCAGGACGGUGGUGAUGGAGGUGAUGGAGGAGACCAAGCACUGAGGGGUCCGACGGAACCGGAACCACGCCAACGUCUGCUGAAAGACCCA